AGGAGUCUCCUUGGAAAGCGGCAUUGCCUUUGAUAUUGUGAGAAUCCAAAGUAAACACGUUUGACGCCGUUUCGGUCGGCUUUAGCAGUCUCAAAGCCCACGCGUCCACUACGAAUAUCUCGGACGCUGUUCGGGACAUAUUUCAACGUCCGAUCCUCGCAGACAGACAUCAAACAGGCAGCUACAGGCAUGGAUGUGAAGACUGUGAAGAGUUUGCACAGGCCUUCUGGACCGUGCGUUUGGUAAUUACUUCUGCAGCAUCUUCACCAUGGGGGGCGACAUGUGGACCUUCGUCGUACUGCUUCUGAUUGUGGCCUUCGCAUUCGGCAACAUUAGCAAUAUGUCGAUGACAAUGAGGUACAGAAACAACGAACUCCCUGUCGAGUUGCUCAAUGGAAUGCACCUGUCUGACCUGGCGAAGAAAAUUGGUUCGAACCUUCGGCAGAUCUCUAACGAGGAGAUGGGCUUAGCCACCGUGCAGGAAACGUUUGACAACCUCCCUUACGGUCCACCCUCACAAGAUGACUCUAAGAGAGUCAGCAAGAUGGUGGAAAAAGCCCAGUAUAAGCUUCAGCGGUACACAGCUGUGUUAAACCAGAGCAGGGCCAUGAUCGAGGCGUUGUUCUGGAGUGACAGCGAAAUGCUGUACUCCACUGCAUUUAAAUGUUGUGUCCCUGAGCCUGAUUCCGUGGACCAUGGCACUAGGAGUUUCAGCUGCAUCAUCGCAGGGUCCAGCGAACGGAGGAAUUUGAACCAAGGCCCCAACCUCACAGAAAGUUUUGCAAAGGAUUUGAAGUUGCACCCGGCCAUCAAGAGCCUGUUUUUCGUUACCAGCGCGGAUUUGAAGGGCCAGUCCUUCAACACGGUUGUGGAGAACAGUUCUCCAUGCGUGUAUGACACUAGACACAGAGACUUUUUCUUUGAUACCAAUGAAGCUAACAGCAAAAAGGUUCUGAUCCUUAUCGAUCAUGGCAAAUCAAUGAGCGAGAACCAAAUGAGUUUAGCCAGGGUUCUCAGCAAAAAAAUAAUAAACUCGCUGUCGCCGACCGAACAUGUUGGUUUAAUGGCAGUGGCUGAUGAGGUGACCUUGCCAAACGACAUCUUGUGUUAUUCCACGUCGCUGUCCCUGGCCACGCAGCAAAAGAAAACUGCCUUCUUUGGCUUCAUCGACAACCUUUCUAAGAGCAAUUACACUACCGACCAUUCGCUGGGCCUGAAAAGCGCCUUGGAGUCAAUCAGAACAGUUUCCGGCGUUCAGGAUAAUGUUCUGCUCAUCUACAUCACUCGGGGCCUACCCUCUACCCUAGAAGAGUCCAAGGUUGUGAUGCACACCGUCGGCAAUAUUGCUAAAAUAAUGCCUUCAAAUGUGAUCAUCAGUGCUGCGGCGCUAGUUGACGAUGGAAAGCCCAUGAUGCUUGAGAAGCAGUUCAUGCAGGACUUGACCUCUGCCAACUUUUUAAAGUACAACCUUACCGCACCCAGAAGAGUAUUGCCUGGUGUGCUACAAAUUGUGAAUUCGACCACAAGUAUCUCCUUUGCUGUGGCCAAUCUUUUCAAAGCAGUGGAUAGCGAUAGAAAGCAAGAGAGUUCAUAUUCACUGCCCAAUUGGGAUGGUCAAGGACUGGUGGUGAGCAUUACUCAGUCAUGUUUCUACAUUGGGAAGCCCCUCGGAGUAGUCGGACUUGACGUGCAGCUGUCCGACCUGGUUGAGGACGUGACCUACUUCACUGGCUUUGGCUUCUCGUACGCGUUCAUCAUCACAAAGAAAGGACUGACCCUGAUGCACCCAUCCCUUCCAAGACCGAACUAUGUGUACGACAAGCCUAUGUUUGUGGACAUCGAAAACUAUGAGAGAAUCCCCAACUUCAAGGAGGUGCGCCAAAAAAUCCUGAGCCAGCGCAACGGCUCGCACACUGUUGUGCUACGCAAGAACAGUCGCAACUAUGACCGGGAGCAGGUGCGCUACUCCUGGCAGCACAUGGACCUCGCGCCCUACAUCAUGGUCAUCGUCUCCAAUGACAAGGGAAAGCCCUUGAGGAUCUUGCAGAAGGUCUCAAUGCCCUGGGUGCAGCCGAAUCUAGUUUUUCACCGUCUCGACUUGCUGCUCAACCCUUCAAAAUACAAUUUGUGCCGACACCAAAGACAGAUUGCAACACUUGACUCGGGCUCUAUUUUCCUCUCUCCAUCGUGCUUCCAGUCGCCCUUUGAGUAUUCCAUGAACGAAGAUAUCCCACCGCUUGUGGCCAAAAGCUACAUGGACUUUAUUUUCAAUGAACAGGGCGCCAAUCCUGGCUUAAAAUCCACAAUCAAAAAUGACGUUGGGGCCUUGACUAAGGUCAUUGCCCACUGGAAAAAUAUGAUGCAGGAAAGCAUCUACGGCAAAUACAUCGUCAGAAGUUUUGCCGCAACUCCAAGUGGCAUCUUCCAGAUGUACCCUGGUUCUGGUCUGGACCACAUGUAUGACCCCACCCGGCAACCUUGGUACACGCGUGCGCUCAAGUUCCCAGGCCAAGUGGUUCUCUCCACUCCAUACUUAGACGCAGGAGGCGCCGGCUACAUUGUCACAAUCAGCCACACUGUCUAUGAAGGCCAGUCUGCGGCCCUGCACAGCCCUUUGGACACGGUGGCCGCAGUACUUGGUAUUGACGUCACCAUUGGAUUCAUUUACAAGCUGCUCCUCCAAAAUGCCCCUUUUUGCAAGGAAGCGAACAUCAAGUGUAUGUUGAUCGACAACGAGGGCUACCUUCUCGCGCACCGGCACCUGGCGGACGGGCGCGGCGUGCACCACCACUUGACGCACAAGGAGCCCCUGGUUGCCAACGACAUGCUGUUCCACGAAAGCCUGGUCACAAAGCUGUUGUGCUCAAGCUAUUCCGAUCAGACGCGGCAGCGUUACUACAGCUUCAACACCAGCCUCGACAAGGUGCUGACCAACCUGCAGCACAGCCUUGCGCGCGAGCAUUGCGCCAGGUACCAAAUCACCGCGGUGCCCGGCACCAACAUCCUCAUCAGCGUCGUCAACACCACCUGCGACUCUGUGUCCACUUUCUGCCCGUGCGGCGUGACUGAUCGUAUGUGUCUGAACUGUAUGCGAAUGGAGCAGACGGAAUGCGAGUGCCCGUGCGAGUGCAACCUCUCCGUUGACUUCUGCACUGGCGAGCUGAAGAAGAUGUCGGAAAUGGCCUGUCCUCCGGCACCGGAGGUAAACAAGGCCUCUGUGCAUGGUGCCAUUGUGCCGGAACUGUCCACUUUGGAACCGUGCUUCCCCAGGGACUGUGAAUACUUAAACACGUACAACGAUUGCUUGGGGGUUGUUGAUUGCGAGUGGUGCGUGAUGGAUAUAGAUGAAACACCCCUGAAAAGCCCCUUCUGCACCAUCCAAUCAAAGUGCUUCAACGGAAUGCUCGGCAUGCUAAGUCCCUACAGAGAAAACUCCAUGGGUGGCCAACUGUCCGAUGCGAGCGGCCAAUACAGGUCGACACCUUUCGGCUCGGUCGCUGGAGCCUGUACGGGCAUCGGCUUCACGAUCAUCAUGCUCAUCUUCUUUUAUACGUUGACCAUCCAGAGGCAGCAAUCGCACGCUGUCAUGAGCUCCGUCCCUGAAACCCAUGUCCCCAUGUCCACGCUGGACAAUGAGGUUGAAGAAUGGGACAGAUCAAGUCAGAGCAGCAGAGGUAGUCACAAGCAGCAGCCAAUUAUGCUGGAGGAGCUGCCGUCGGUGGUGUCGCCGUACAGGGUGAGCACCAAAUAUCGGCGGCCGACGGGCGCCGACAGCGACCACGGCUACUCAACGAUGACGCCGCACGACGACUCGGAGCACACGCCGCCAAACGCGGAGCCACUGCUGUUGGCCAAGCCGGUGCGCACCUCGUCCAAUUUGUCGUCGCCAACGACCAUCGAGUUGCUGCCAUUGCGCCAGUUCCAGGCACCUGUCACUGUCCACAUGGUCGACACCCUUUGAUUCUGUGCGCGCAUUUUGUACAAAGCCAGAGUUUGCACAGAUAUAAUUUUGAUGCAUUUUACCGACUGUACUUACACUAUUUACGUGUAUCGACUUUUGAAUUGAAGACUUUAGCUUCUGCAAUAUUUUUAUACUCUUGCAAGUGCAGCCCAAAUAUUGCUAUGAAUUUUACCUCACAUGCCAAGCAAGUUUUGAUGAGCAAUUUGUCUUGUUUUGAAUCGAUGUGAAAUGUGUAAGUAUUAAUAUUGUGACCAUGUUCCUGUUUUUUUUAACUGUAUUAGGUGUAAUUUAGAUAUUAAUAUUAAAAUUUUUGUACGUCGUCCUACAAAA